AUGGAUUCAACAACUGCCCAAGUUAUUAAGAUAGCUACAUGGAAUGUUGCAUCCUUACGUGCUAGAUGGAAAGAUAAUUUCACAUUUUAUAUAAAUUCUUCAAAACCAGAUAUAAUUUGCAUUCAAGAGACUAAAUUUCAUGUCGAUAUGAAAGAAUCUCUUAAAAACUUUAAAUUAGAUGGAUAUAAGGGAUACUUCUUUCAUGCUAAGAAAGCCGGCUAUGCAGGUACUUGCAUUUACACAAAAUAUAAACCAGUUUCAGUAAAGAGAAGUUUUGCAGAUCCAGAUGGAAGAUGCAUUACAAUGGAAUUCAAAAACUUUUACUUAAUUAAUACAUACGUUGUUAAUGCUGGUGAAGAUUUAGGUCGACUUGAUUACAAAAUUAAAGAGUGGAAUCCAAAGAUUAGAAACCACAUUAUGGAACUUGAAAAGAAGAAGCCUGUUAUCUGGACAGGUGAUUUGAACGUUGCACAUAAACCAAUAGAUAUCUGGCAAGCAGAAGGACAUGAAAAGAUUGCAGGUUACACUGAUGAAGAAAGAAAAUGGUUUGAUGACUUCCUAAACGAAGGACAUAUUGACAUCUACAGAGAAUUACAUCCAGAAUCUCAUGAAUUUACGUUCUUUAACUACAGAGGCCAGGCAAAAUCGAAGAACCAAGGAUGGAGAAUCGAUUACUUCAUCACAGGAAAAGGAAAUAUCGAGAAGCUUGGUAUUUCUGACUGCGUUAUCGAAGGAACUAUUGAUGGCAGCGAUCAUCAGCCUGUUAUUCUCCUUGCAGAUAAAGAUAAGAUAAUGAAGGAUGAUGAGCCAGUUACAUCAUCUGAAGUUGAGAUGCUUACAGCAGGAAAUAUCAAAAGUUUCUUUGGUUGA